AGGUUAUUCGUACUGAAAUCAGGUGACUGUCACCUGAAGUAUUUGCAACAUUUCUGUUUCGACAUAGCUCUGUCGUGUCUUUAAGAUCACCUGUAGUUUCGCGAGAUUGAUCUGAAUACAAAAUGGCUUGUGGUGCACCUGGUCAGGAAAUGAAGGCUAAUGAAGAAGUGCAAACGAUUGUCAACGAGGUGAAGAGCCAAGCUGAGGCAAAAGCUGGUACAACAUUUAAUGAAUUUAAAGCCAUUUCUUAUAGAACUCAACUUGUUGCUGGUACAAAUUACUUUGUGAAGGUGAAAGUGGGUGACUUGUCUUAUGUUCAUUUGCGUAUUUACCAAACUUUACCACAUGCUGGAUCAACACUUGAGUUAACAGCCAUCAAAACUGAAUUGUCAGAGGGAGACAGCCUGGACUAUUUUUAAAUUUAACUCAUAAUUCAGUUUUUUUUGACCAAUUAGAAUAAUGGUAAUUUAGUUAGAUACCAAAGCAUGUCAAAGUGCAAUAAUUAAUUUUUCUGAAUUUAAUACCUUUUUAUGGCUGUUGGCACCUUAUGCUUAACAGGUCACAGGACCUUACUGAUGUAAACAUACUUGAACUAUAAAUUUUUAAUAUCAAUUCACUAUUUAUGUAAUUGUGAAACUACUGCUCAAUGAAGACAUUUACAUGUAGAGGACUUUACAUGAACUCUCAUCCUUUAGUUAAUCAAUAAACGUAUCUG